AUUCGCCAUUGUGCUGUGAGUAUCACGCAUGCGCCACCUCGAAAGGAGCUGUCGAGGUCGAACUGUAGGGUCUGUGUAAUCUUGAUCAAAACAAGGCACAAAAUGCCCAAAGACUUUGAUACAGAAGCGUACCCAGAGCCUCCACGGCAGACUCCAGUCGUGGAUAAGCAGACUGCGCUGCCAAACCCUGCUCUAAUCCUGUCUAAAGUCUUCUAUUACACCGUGGACCUUCCUGUCACCACAUUUAGAGAUACUAUUGACAGCAUUCGGUCGAAAAACAAGCUGGUUUACUACCACCAGAAGUUCCGCCGUGUGCCCGACCUAACGGAGUGCCAGGAAGGAGAUUACCCCUGCUACUACGAGGCAGAGAUGCAGUGGAGGAGAGACUAUAAGGUGGAUCAGGAGAUUGUGAAGGUGGUCCAGGAACGAAUGAGGGCCUGUCAGCAGAGAGAAGGGAACAGCUACGAGCAGAACUGCACUAAAGAAAUCCAGCAGUUCCAUGAGGUGACCAAGAACUUCCAGUCACGCUAUGGAGAUCUUGGAGCGUAUGCUAGCGCGAAGAAGUGUCUAAUGAAGCAGAAAGAGCGAAUGAUGGCAGCUCAGGCCCAGAGUGCUUAAGAACAGUUCUCUUUCUGUCCAGUGUAUCAAUUGUAAAAUAAAUUUAUGUGAUUAUUUUCACAGUCUUACUUCCAAUAAAUGCGUGGUAAGGUUAUAUGCCAA